AUGGCUCCGACACGGGGCGGGAGCAAGAGAGCUUGCGUGGGGAGCGGCGGUGGCGGCGACCGGAUCAGCGACCUCCCCGACGAGGUAAUCCACCGCGUGCUGUGGUUCCUCCCGACCCACGAGGCUGUGAAGACGAGCUUGCUGUCCAGGCGCUGGCGCGAGCUCUGGAAGUCCACCCGUCGCCUGAGCAUCGCGGGCUUAUCGAGGUCUCCCCAUCUUCUUAGUACCACCGGCAGUGGGGGGAGCUCGCCGGCCACUGUGGACAAGCUGAGCAAGUUCGUCAACCACCUGCUGCUCAGCCGAAAGCAGGGUCCUCUGGAUGAGUGCAGGUUCAGCUUUGAUGGUUUCAAGGACAUGGAUGGUGCCCAAGUCGACAUGUGGAUCCGAUAUGUUCUGGACAAUGUGUGGCAGCUUCGAGUGCUACUGAUCAAUCUUGGAACCAGCAUUCACGUUAAGCUUGCAGGCACGCCUCUCGUUUCGGAGAACUUGGUGAGAUUGGAGCUUAGCGAGGCAAAGUUCAAGGGCAAAUUUCUGGAUUUCUCGUGCUGUGCGGGCGUUAGAAUAUCUGAAGUUGCGUGCUUGCUUUAUCAGUGUUGGCAAGAUCUUCUCCCAAUCUUUAUCAGUGUUGGUAUUAAAUGA